UCUAGAAUUUGGAGGCAUUAGGUUCCAAGUCCCUGAAAGCCUAGGAAGAGAGAUGGCUAAUGAGGCUUAGAUUAUGUUGAGCCCUACCUUUCUUCUGUGGGAUGUUGGCUAUCCCUUAUACACUUAUGGCUCCAUCAUUAUUAUUGCAUUAAUUAUUUGGCAAGUGAAAAAGAGCCACCAAGAAUUAAGGUUGGGACCUAAAAGGAGCUGUUGCCGGUGUCACCGGAGAGUCAGACAAAGGGCUAAAGAUAAAACAUCAAGAGGCAAGAGACUGUCCCGAGAAGCUGAUAAGCCGUGGCAGCUGCUCUCUGUCAUGAGAAGCCAGGGCUGGCUUCCUAAGGAGGGAAGUGUGCGGCGGCUCCUGUGUGCAGAUCCUUCCUGCCCCAUCUGCAAUGCUGUGGCUCUGGAGAUUCAGCAGUUGCUGUCAGGUGAGAAAACCCUGACCUCUCCCUCUUCAUCGGGGCCAUCGCAGGGCUCCUCUUGUCUCUCUUUGGAGCAGAGUCAGGGUUCCCUGCACUCCAAAGCUCUUUCACUUCCAUCUGUAACCCCUACAAAGUCACAAUUAACAGAUCAGAAAUGCUUAACACAGUCAGCUGCCCAGUCGACCAGUGUCAGCAUCCAAGAUAUCCAAGGUGAAUGCCUCCAGCGAAGGAAGGGAUAUCAAGUGCCAGAUGUGUCCAGGGAUACAGGAGCUCUGUCUUCUUCAAGUGAGGAGACUAGGACUCCUGUGAAUCAGCAGGACAAGAGGAAGAGCUACCCUGUAUGUGUGCUGGAGAAACAAGAAGCUGCAGAAGGUGGCUUGGGAAAUAAGAUGAAGCACUUUCCACACUGGAUUAACCCCGAGGUGAAAGGUCAAAGGCAUAAAGAAUCCAUUCUCCUCUCUAAGGAUGAGACAGUGCCCAAAACCAUGACAAAAAAGGUUGAGAAGAGUCCACCCCUCACCAAACACCCUGUGAGAGGAGCCAAGUUGGAGAAUAAAACAGAGGAGGAGAGCAUGACCUUCUUUGAUGCUCCUCAGUCUCUAGACAAUGAACUCAAGCAACAAUCCCUUCAGUCCAGACAUUCCUGGUUGCUGUGCCUUCCUCAUAACAGCUCCAAGCACUGUCCUCAGCUGACUUGUGCCACUCAACCAGAAAAUCCACCCCAGGUCUCAGCUCUCCUCUCAGCAGAAGGCACUGGUCUACACAAAGAAAAAACGCAGUGCAGGAAAAAGGAGUUCCUAGUUUCCUCUGCAUCCCCAUGAAAAAGGCUGUCAUCAUCAUUUCCAUUAAAGUCCAGGUGAGGCAGGACCCUCUCCAAAUAUACUCUUUGCCUCUGAGCAAAGAACCA